AUGGAUUUGGCCCAGUACCUAUGUCAGCACCAGGGUCAGCUGGUAGCUGCGCAAGAUGCCCCGCCCGGACUGGCUUUCAGGGGGCAGAAAGUCAUCGAGCUGGGCUGUGGACAUGGCAUCCCAGGGCUUGUUGCUCUCAGCCAGGGAGCGGAGGUCCACUUUCAGGACUAUAAUCCAGAGGUCCUGCGAGAAGUGACGGCGCCGAGUGUGCUGGCCAACUGGCAGGCAUGGCAGACGAGGGGGUCGCCUGCUGCGCCAGCGGCACAGAACCCGCCGGCUCGCUUCCUGGGUGGGCCAUGGGCGGCGUUGGAUUCCUUCCUGGCGGCGGAGGGGCUGGCCGGCAGCUACGACCUCGUGCUCACCUCAGAGACCAUCUACAGCCUGAGCAGCAUGCCCUACCUGCUGGCCUGCAUUGACACGGCUCUCAGGUCGGGUGGGCAAGCGCUCGUGGCCGCGAAAUCCUACUACUUUGGCGUCGGCGGCAGCUCCAAUGCAUUCAAGAACGCGGUGGAAGCCAAGGGAGGCUUUUCGAUCAGGUCUCUGGCAGUGGAGGGCGGUGGCGCCUCGAUCCAGCGAGAAAUCAUAGUAUUACAGAAGACUUGA